AGGCGAGGCUACAAAGCAGCAACAUGGCGGACGCUGUGGAAGGUUCGAGUUCUGAAAAGGAUUGCACUGACAAGAGUUUCUCCGACAGAGAUUCGUCCGACGAGAGCACAGACUUUAAAGCUGAUCGUACUUUCUCUUCGGAAAAUCAGAAAUCAUUACGGGAUCCGAAGUUGGCCGGAUCGACGCUCCAUAAUGGAAAGAAGAAACAAAAUGCGAUCGCCAAACAGGCAUGGAAAAGACGAUUUCGUUACUUGUCUUUCAAGCACUUUUUGCGUCACACGAAGGCGGUAAAUGAUAGACAAACAGGUGGAGAUCUUUCUCCCAGAGAUAAUAAGAAACAAGAAGAAGAAUCAGAUGGUUUUUAUGCAGAUGACAAAGGGUAUUUACAGGGUGAGAUCUACGAUCAACUGGAAAAUGGCGAAGAAAUUGGCUUUACGGGUGAUGUCAGUAGAAAAUUGAAUCUGAUGCCUCCUGUCAUUGGUCAGGACAGAACUUCUGAAGAUGCUGAACUUUUAAGGACUGACUUUCAGUCAGAUAGUGACAAUCCGGAGAUAAUUGUUGUUCCUUGUGCGCAAUUUGUUCGUGAAAUUUCAAGUGGAAACUAGAAAUAUAAAGUACACGUAGCUCAUA